AUGGCUACGCCCACACCGACGCCAGUCUCCCAAUGUGCCCUCCAUCAACUGGAAGUCCAGGACGGUGUCCAGGCGAAGACGUACAAGUCAAGUCAAUUUUCAACGGCGCUGACAUUGACUAUUGAGGCUCAGCAGUCUGAAAACUCAAUCCGUGACGACUUGAUGCUUCUAAUUCACUCUGGAUCCCGUAGACUGUCUCCAAGUGGAACAGUAUGCGUCGAAAAGCUGUCACAAAAGUUGGAGAUUCGGGUUCCGGCUCAGCAGCACGAGGUAAAGGUCUGGUUCGUUGAGAGUAGAGACUUCAACUUGAGCGUGUGUAUUCUGAAAAAAUCUGGGUUCUCUGUCCAAGAUGAUACUUCUCCGGCAGCAUCAAGGGCCCCGACAAGCUCUUUUCAGCAGCCCUUACCAUAUUGGAGUCAUGAAACAGGUCUCGGCGCUCGGCUCUCAUCUAUCACUCCGACGUCGAAUGCCGGCACAAGCCAUGGCACUGCUCGUUUCUUGCUCAGCUCACUGCGCAACUCUACACAGCCAGCGCCCGCCGCACAGCAAACUGGUCUUCCUCCCGAAUUUCCUCAUGGAAGAACGCAUGAAGCAUUUACCAAUGGGCUCUACCUGGCCGAUGACAGCCAAACGGAUCCAUCUCGGCGUACGACAUCAUCAUCCGAGCAAGCUGGGCAACUCUUCAACCCCUACACAAUAUUCAGCAAUCCGCAUGGCAGCGGAUCGUACCGACCUCGAGUGAGCUCUCCAUUACGCAAUUGGGUUAUUCCAGAUGUUUCACAGCUGCACCCGGCGUGCAACGACAGCAGGGACAUGAAACGGUUUACGCAGAAUCAACCGUCCGAAUUGCCGACCACUCCUCGCUCCUUGUCUUGCGCCACUACAGCGUCUCAGCGCGAGGAAGGCGUCCCGUUUCUUGCUUCAGGAGCGCCCACCUGUCACAUCGUGGGUGAGAAUCCUCCAGGGAACGUGCUGCCGCAGGGUCAUGUUCCGUUGCAGCAAAGGUCCACUGAGUCAUCUGAGAGUCGUUCGGAUACGUUACCGCAACGUCGACGCCUUCCAUUCACACAGCGCCAGGCGCACACAGUGAAGGGAAAGCUUGAUCAAAGCGUGAACGAGAAGGAAAACGGUCCAUCAUCUGCAACGAAAGGGCCAGAGAGGCGGCGAGGGAAUCUCCAAUGGCAGAAUAGUGACCAAGACCCAGUCAGGACCAGGAAUUCGGAAAAGGUAGGGCUGCCACCCAGGAAGACUCGGAGGUCAUCAUUUACCCCUACCCUCGAUGGCCACGGCCAUGGCGCGAGUCAAGUUGAGCUUGUGCCAUUUCGCCAACCGCCCGGUUCAAACAACACGUCGUGGUCGCCUCCAGAUGCUACCGUGAUCGUCACAGAUGCCAAUAUCGUGCGUCAACUUUCAGACGUUACAUCGGCACUUCUUGACCAGUACGAGUCGGACGUAUCUAGAGGAUGCCACAGGGAAAUCUGCGCCGCAUUUUACUUGGACCGUUUGCAAACCUCGCGCAGGAACGUUUGGUACUCGUAUCUCAUGAGCACACGUCCUCUGGGGCAAGGACGAGUGGCUGACCGGCUUGAUCUCAGCAAUUAA